GGGGCUCCAUCCGCCUGCGCCGGUGCAGCUGAUGGAGGACCGGAGGAUGCGCCGCCGAGCCGUCGGAGCUCCGACCAGGUCGAGAUGAACCCGUUCGACGGCUUCGGUUCCCCGCGAUACGACGGGGCGGAGGAGGCUGCGGACGGCGGGGACAGCCGCUGCCCCUGGGCCCGCUUCUCCUCCUGGCUGGAGUGCGUCUGUGUCGUUACCUUCGACCUGGAGCUGGGGCAAGCCAUCGAGCUGGUUUAUCCUCAGGAUGUGAAACUCACUGAGAAAGAGAAAACCAGCAUCUGCUACCUGUCCUUCCCAGACUCCUACUCAGGAUGCCUCGGGGACACGCAGUUCAGCUUCCGGCUCCGUCAGUCGGUCGGCCGCAGAGCGUCCAAGCUCAGAGACGACGUCUACAACAGGGACGCUCCGGUGGCGCUACAGAGGGAAUCGGCUCAUUUCUUCGGUUACGUCUAUUUCCGACAGGUGAAGGACGUCUCUGUGAAGAGAGGAUACUUCCAGAAGUCCCUGGUGCUCGUGUCCAGGCUGCCCUACACUCACCUGUUCCACUCGCUGCUGCAGAUCAUUGCACCUGAGUUCUUCGAGAAGCUGGAGCCCUGCCUCGAAGCAGUGUGUAACGAGAUCGACCAGUGGCCUUCGCCCGUACCUGGACUGACCCUCAACCUGCCUGUGAUGGGUGUUGUCUUACAGGUGAGGAUUCCUUCAAAAGCCGAUAAACCAGGAGGAAGUCCAGUCCGACAGACGGCCAAAGAGAACCUCCUGCCGGCUCCAACGGUGCUGCCGACCAUACAUGAGCUGGACCUGUUCAGGUGUUUCCAGUCGGUUCUGAUCCACCUGCAGAUGCUCUGGGAGCUCACGCUGCUCGGGGAGCCGGUGGUCGUCAUGGCGCCGUCCCCCACCGUCUCCUCGGAAACCGUGCUGGCUCUCGUCAGCUCCAUUAGUCCUCUGAAGUUCUGCUGCGACUUCCGUCCGUAUUUCACCAUCCAUGACAGCGAGUUCAGAGAGUACACCACCAGGACACAGGCCCCACCAAACGUGGUUCUGGGCGUCACCAACCCGUUUUUCAUCAAAACCUUUCAGAACUGGCCUCAUAUCGUCCGGCUGGGAGAGAUCAGGAUGGCAGGUGAUUUACCCAAACAGGUGAAGGUGAAGAAGCUCUCCAAGCUGAAGACACUCGACACCAAACCAGGGAUCUACACGGCCUACAAGACAUUUCUACACAAAGACAAGAUCCUCAUCAAACGACUGCUGAAGGGCAUCCAGAGGAAGAGACCGUCUGAGGUCCAGAGCGCCAUCCUGAGGAGACACCUGCUGGAGCUCACACAGAGCUUCAUCAUCCCAUUGGAGCGGUACAUGGCGAGCCUGAUGCCGCUGCAAAGGUCGGUGACGCCCUGGAAGACUCCUCCCCAGAUUCGUCCCUUCAGUCAGGAUGAGUUCAUGUCCACUCUGGACCACACUGGGCCUCAGCUCACCUCCAUGCUCAAAGGCGAUUGGAUGGGACUGUACAGGAAGUUCUUCAGGUCUCCAAACUUUGACGGCUGGUAUCGUCAACGACACAAAGAGAUGACGCAGAAACUGGAGAGUCUUCACCUGGAGGUGGUCUGUGAGGCGGACCUGCUGGGUUGGACCAAAGACAAGUCGGAGGUGGAAAUUGUGGAUCUGAUUCUGAAGCUCAGAGAGAAGUUGAUUAAAGCGCGCCGACAGCAGCUGCAGGUGAAGGACGGAGUUCUGGACAAACUGGACUCUUUUAUAGACUCCAUCAUCGGAUCGCUGCCUGAAGACCUGCAGACCGUCCUCAGCGCACACUGACACACACACACACACACACACACACACACACACACACACACACACACACACACUGACUCAUGAUGCCUUCACUGACCUCACACCUGAAUGAAAAUGUUCAAACCUCUGAAUGUCACAGCAACUAACAUCAUCACAAGUUUUGUACCAGACUUUAUUCUCCUAACAUUUCCACUAAAUAUCGACUUUAUUCUUCCAGUAUUCCAAAUGUAUUAUUUCCCUUCAAAUAUUACAUCUUAAAAUCAAUGAGAUUCCCCAAAUUUAAAGUCUCUUCGCCUGAAAAUUGGACCUUUAGUGGAAUAUUUAGACUUUAUUCUCGAUGUAAUGAGUGAAUUUUCCUGCCCUGAUUCUCCGUUAAACAUUAAAGUCGAUGUGAUUGAGAUUCUUCACGUCUGUGUGCUUUAAAACCUUCUGUCGGUUAAAUGAGAAGCUGCAGAAGUUUCUGUUCCCAGACUGAAUGUAACACCAAUAAUUUACCUCUAUGUUCCCACUUUCACAAACUGUAAAUAACUUUUGCUUUGAAAAGUAAAAGCUGAAUCAUU